AUGUGCUGACAGUCCCUGGCAAAGCUCGCCUGAGAAACACAUCGCACCUUGUCUUGCACACAGAACAGGGAGCGAUAUCUUCAAUUUUAUAUAUAUGCCGAGAAAAAAAAAACUUGUCAUUUACACAGGAGAAUUUCGUAAGCAUGAACCGUUUUGUACUGAAUAUUAAUUGCUCGUUGGCUCCGUUUUGAUUUUUGAUUUUGAUUUUUAAUCUUUUGGGACUUUGGAGAUCCGCAUACGCAAUUUUUAUCGUUGCCAUUUCUUAUGCUCGUUCGACACCGAUGCAGUGAUUUUUUUCUUAAAUAUACAUCAGAUGAAAGCCUGAAUCGAUGUGGAGGAAAUCAACCAGGUUCGUCGGUGAGGUUGAGCUGUUAAGGGGCGCACGAUGGUCCAUUUCUCAAGAUAAUGGAUCAAUCUGUCAAAACGGAUGUGAAUUGAAGGUUUGUGAGCACUGAGGGCCCUACUAGGGCCUGCACGUUAACACUGCAAAGUGUACAUUUUGCCUACUUUUCAUUAGUGCUGACUUUAGGCCUACACAAUGACUUUUAACUAGACUUAAAUGACCCUGACAUUAAUGACCCUACAUAGCCCUAAUGAACUCUCUGCUGUACAGCACUACACAUGGCUGUAAUUUAUAUAGAUACUCUGAUGACUUGGCCCCGCUGUAGCACACCUGGAUCCCACUGAAGGUUUUUUUUUUUUUUUUUUAAAGCAGAGCAGUCUUAUUUUUUUUUUACUGUUUGGGCCUUAGCGAGUCUCUUUAUUGAUUGAUUUGUAUCUAGAAUUUUGAAUAAGAGUUGGCCGUAACCCAGGCCUUCUCCCUCUCUCAGUGAACAAUGAGUAAAUUAACCCAAAUGCACAGCAGUCCUGCACGUCAUAGGGAGCUCUGUUACACUUUAGGAGCACAUCACUAAGAGAGCCGAAGCAUUUUAGUUUUCAAUUUAGCUGUAUUCCUAGUCCUUACCUCCUUUACCAUUCACAAUGAGCUUCUCAAUGCGGAACGGUGCACAUCUAAUCUGGAUAGGCCUACUGGUUUGUUGCCUUGUCGACAUGGGGGCCAGCAUGGAGUUCACUGGUGCAGAAGGCCAGUGGGCAAGGUUUCCCAUGUGGAACGCCUGCUGCGAAAGCGAAAUGAGUUUCAACAUGAAGACCAAAAGCGCUCAUGGACUUUUAGUGUACUUUGACGACGAGGGAUUCUGUGACUUCUUGGAACUGCUCAUCCACAAUGGUAGACUCAGUUUGCGGUUCUCCAUCUUCUGCGCCGAGCCAGCGACCGUGUUCUCAGACACAGCCGUCAAUGACAGCCGCUGGCACGCCGUGACCUUGCGCAGGAAUUUCAAAAACACUACUUUAGUUGUGGACGAAGAAAUCAAGUGGGUGGAGGUAAAGUCGAAACGGAGGGACAUGACGGUCUUCAGCCAUUUAUUCUUAGGGGGGAUACCUCCUGAACUGCGAUCUGUAGCAUUACGCCUCACAUCUUCAGCCAUAAAAGAUGAGGUUCCCUACAAAGGAUGGAUAACCAACCUGAGAGUGAACGGCUCGGAGCCGGUGCUUAUCGGUAGCGAUGGAGUCAACAGCGACAUUUGCGAAGCCGACCACAUUUGCCUGAAUGGAGGAGUCUGCAGCAUUGUCAACGAUGAGCCCAUUUGCGACUGCUCUGAAACGGGAUUCCAGGGAAAAGACUGCAGUGAAGAAGAGGCCUAUGUAGGAGGUCUUGCGCACCUGAUGAUGGGCGACCAAGGGAAAAGAAAAGAGAGAGAAGAAUAUAUGGCCACAUUCAAGGGUUCGGAGUAUUUCUGUUACGAUCUGUCCCCGAACCCCAUCCAGAGCAGUAGCGAUGAGAUUACGCUCUCCUUCAAGACCCUGCAGCGCAAUGGACUGAUGCUUCACACCGGAAAGUCUGCAGACUACGUCAACCUGGCGCUGAAGAACGGAGCCGUCUCGCUGGUCAUCAACCUGGGCUCUGGGGCCUUCGAGGCCCUGGUGGAGCCCGUCAAUGGGAAAUUUAAUGACAAUGCCUGGCAUGAUGUGAAGGUUACCAGGAACCUUCGUCAGCACUCAGGCAUUGGACACGCUAUGGUAAACAAACUACAUUGUUCGGUUACAAUAUCCGUGGAUGGGAUUCUGACCACCACUGGAUAUACGCAAGAGGACUACACCAUGCUAGGCUCGGAUGACUUUUUCUAUGUCGGCGGUAGUCCCAGCACUGCCGAUCUUCCUGGAUCACCUGUCAGCAACAACUUUAUGGGCUGCUUGAAAGAGGUUGUUUACAAAAACAACGAUGUAAGACUUGAGCUGUCUCGACUGGCCAAGCUGGGCGACCCAAAGAUGAAGGUGAGCGGUGUGGUGGCCUUCAAAUGUGAGAACGUGGCUACUCUCGACCCUGUGACUUUUGAGACGCCUGAGUCAUUCAUUACCCUUGACAAGUGGUCCGCCAAAAAAGCCGGCUCCAUCUCUUUCGACUUCCGCACCACUGAACCCAACGGCCUGCUCCUCUUCAGCCAUGGAAAACCCAAACCCCAGCAACAGAAAGACCCUAAGAGCCCUAAAACAUUGAAGGUGGAUUUCUUUGCCAUUGAGAUGCUGGACGGCCACCUCUACCUUCUUCUCGACAUGGGCUCAGGCACCACCAAAACUAGAGCUGUCAACAAGAAAGUCAAUGACGGAGAAUGGUACCACGUGGACUUCCAGAGAGAUGGAAGAUCAGGCACCAUUUCCGUCAACUCGAUUCGCACUCCCUACAACGCUCCUGGUGAGAGUGAGAUACUGGACCUGGACGAUAAACUGUACCUGGGCGGCCUGCCAGAGGACCGGGCCGGUCUGAUCUUCCCCACGGAGGUGUGGACCGCUCUCCUAAAUUACGGCUAUGUGGGCUGUGUGCGGGAUCUGUUCAUGGAUGGCCAGAGCAAGGACAUUCGGCGGAUAGCAGAGGCUCAGAGAGCGGUCGGGGUGAAGCCGUCUUGCUCUAAAGAACCCCCCAAACAGUGUCUGAGCAACCCCUGUCUGAACAGCGGCACCUGCAGAGAGGGCUGGAACCGCUAUGUGUGCGACUGCUCCGGGACGGGAUAUCUGGGACGCUCCUGUGAGAGAGAUGCCACGAUCCUCAGUUACGAUGGUAGUAAGUUCAUGAAGAUCCAGCUGCCGGUGGUGAUGCACACAGAAGCGGAGGACGUGUCCCUGCGCUUUCGUUCUCAACGGGCCUACGGUGUUCUAAUGGCGACCACAUCGCAAAACUCUGCUGAUACUCUGAGGCUGGAGCUGGACGGAGGGCGGGUCCGACUCACUGUCAAUCUAGACUGUAUCAGGAUAAACUGUACUACCAGUAAAGGUCCAGAGACCAUAUUUUCGGGCCAGAACUUGAAUGACAACGAAUGGCACACAGUUCGUGUCGUCAGAAGAGGCAAAAGUCUAAAGCUGAUGGUGGACGACUUGCAGCCCUCUGAAGGUCAAAUCACUGGGGACCACACGCAGCUGGAGUUCCACAAUGUGGAAACGGGCAUCGUUACCGAGAAGCGCUACAUGCCCGCUGUGCCCUCCAACUUCAUCGGACACCUGCAGGGUUUGUCCUUCAAUGGCAUGUCCUACAUUGACUUGUGCAAGAACGGCGAUAUCGACUACUGCGAACUGAACGCCAUGAUCGGCUACAGGAGCAUCGUGGCAGACCCAGUGACCUUCAAGUCUCGCUCCAGCUAUGUGACUUUGCCCACCCUGCAGGCCUACUAUUCGAUGCACCUCUUCUUCCAGUUUAAGACUACUUCUCCAGAUGGGCUCAUCCUGUACAACCGAGGAGAUGGCAAUGACUUUAUAGUGGUAGAGCUGGUUAAAGGAUAUCUCCAUUACGUGUCAGAUCUGGGAAAUGGAGCUCAUCUCAUCAAAGGCAAUUCCAACACACCGCUAAAUGACAAUCACUGGCACAACGUGAUGAUCUCGCGAGAUACAAACAACCUCCAUACUGUCAAAAUAGACACCAAAAUCACCACACAGACUACCAUGGGAGCCAAGAACCUGGAUCUGAAAGGUGAUCUGUAUGUUGGAGGUGUGGCUAAAGAUAUGUAUAAGGACUUGCCAAAGCUGGUGCAUUCAAAAGAGGGCUUCCAGGGCUGCCUGGCAUCUGUGGACCUGAACGGCCGCUUGCCAGACCUGCAGUCAGACGCACUGUCCACCGCCGGCCAGGUGGAGAGAGGCUGCGAAGGCCCCAGCACUACCUGUCAGGAGGACUCCUGCUCCAAUCAGGGCGUGUGUCUGCAGCAGUGGGAGGGGUUUAGUUGCGACUGCAGCAUGACAUCAUAUGGAGGGCCACUCUGCAAUGACCCGGGAACCACAUACAUAUUCGGACGUGAUGGAGGGCUUAUUGUGUACACAUGGCCACCCAACGACAGACCGAGCACACGAGCUGACCGACUGGCUGUCGGUUUUAGUACCCAGCAGAAGGAUGCAGUGCUGGUUAGGGUGGACAGCUCUUCUGGCCUGGGAGACUACCUUCAGCUUCAGAUUGAAAGAGGCAAUAUCAAAGUGGUGUUCAAUGUGGGCACCGAUGACAUAAACAUUGAAGAAACUUCAAAGUUUGUAAAUGAUGGAAAGUACCACAUAGUUCGCUUUACGAGAAGUGGUGGUAACGCCACCUUGCAGGUGGAUGAUCUGCCAGUCAUUGAGCGCUACCCAUCAGGCAACAUUGAUAACGAACGCCUGGCGAUUGCUAGACAGCGAAUCCCAUAUCGGCUUGGUCGAGUAGUUGACGAUUGGCUACUCGACAAAGGUCGGCAGCUCACCAUCUUCAACAGUCAGACCACCAUAAAGAUUGGAGGCUGGGAGAAGGGCAGCCGGCCCUUCCAGGGUCAGCUCUCAGGGCUUUACUACAAUGGGCUAAAAGUACUCAACAUGGCCGCUGAGGGUGACCCUAAUGUGCGUGUGGAGGGUAGUGCCCGGCUGGUAGGAGACAUGCCCUCCUCUUCUAUCACGCCACAGUCCAGCGUCUCUGCUGCGGGAAAUCGUUCAGAAACGUCACCCUCCAUCACUGACAUCACCACUACAACGGCGUCCAACCGCCAGGGCAAGCAGACCACAACUCCACAGGACGAUCUUCUCGUAGCGUCUGCAGAAUGCCCCAGCGAUGAUGAGGACAUUGACCCUUGCGACCCAAGUUCAGGUGGGUUAG